AAAGGAGGAAAGUCAAGCGGUUCUGAGUUGGGAUUUGUGAGAAAGAAUGGCGUCUCUCAUUUUGGGUGGAAGAAUGGCGUCUCUCAUGGCCUCUGGAGCUCUCCUUCCAAAUCCAAACCCUAACCCUAGCUUGCCUUCUCUGCAUAAACGAACAAACCGUCCCAGCGGUGUAAGCCUCUCUCAUAUCCCAUCCCUGAAACCCCUUAAUUUGACGCUGCACAGAGUUCAACCGUAUAAGCUUUGUUCAUCUUCCUCUAAGCUUAGGGUUUUUGCUUCUUCUAUUGCUCCUUCAACUCCCACAGAGCAAUCAACGGAAUCAAAUCCCAAUUCAAAUCUUAUAUCCGAUUCGACACGCACGGUCGCGACUGUUGUUGCUGUCGCUUUCUCUGUAUGGAAAUUGUUUGCGGACAUGAUUCGGGGGAUUUCCUUUAAGAUUAAGAGAAUUUGUAUGAGCCCCACGCCGGAAGAGAUGGCGACGAUGCAAAAUCUUCAGGAAAACCUAGUUUGCACGGUGGGUCCGUUGUUCUUUGCCGCUCUCCGUGACCGUCCGAGUGGGUACUUGAACACUCCGUUAACAGUUGUUGCUGCUGGCAUGGCGAAGUGGCUUGAUAUCUAUAGUGGAGUAUUGAUGGUGAGGGUUUUGCUCAGUUGGUUCCCUAACAUUCCUUGGGAUCGCCAGCCUUUGUCUGCAAUUCGGGAUUUGUGUGACCCUUACUUGAAUCUCUUCCGCAACAUAAUUCCGCCAGUAUUCGACACCUUGGAUGUCAGUCCACUUCUAGCGUUUGCAGUUUUGGGAACACUUGGUUCAAUCUUGAACAACAGCCGGGGAUCGUAUUGAGGGCUUUCUGAUGUUGCCAAUUAUUCUUUUUUACCUGCUGGCUCAUAAACUCAUAAUCAGUUGAAAAUUGGAAAAAGCUUCACAGUUAUAGUAGCUGCUAAAUGAGCGAUGUAGUCCUAGAGUCAAAGAGUUGGAGUUGGAGGAAGCUGGAAGCUUUAUUUUAUUAAAUAAAUGGAGUUGGGUGCCCGUGGUAGUCAAGUAUUUAAUCCAGGAGUCAAAGAGUUGGAAUAGUGGGAUAUGGAUGUUUGCAUGUGGCCCUUGUACUGGUUUGGAGAUAAGGAUGUGUCAUUGAUUCAGGGUUCUUUGGGGAGGAAAGAGAACAACCUUGAUUGUUGUUCCAUGUGAUCUGUAUAUGAAAUUUAGUUUGGAACUUUGGAUUCUGAAUUACAGAUCUUGUUUCUGUGUUCUGGUUUCUCUUGAUGAUUUGAAGGCUUUUAAAUAUUGGAUCGUGGAAAAAGGUGGAAGUUCCCUUUGAAUUGCAUAAUAUGUACACUAUGUAAGGAUAUGGUUUUAAUUGACUUCAUAUCUUUGAGAUUGCUGCA